AUGACACAGGAAUUCGACUUUGUAAUCGUCGGCGGUGGCACAGCCGGUUGUCUUCUCGCUUCCCGCCUCGCAAACACAGAGUCCAGGCCCAGCGUUGCGCUGCUUGAGGGCGGAAAAGAUCUUGACAAGCCCGAAUACAGGCUGACUGCCGAGCGGUUUUUCACUUUGCUGCAGCCUGGCCUUGAUUAUGGCUACCUAUCGACGCCUCAGAAGCACGCGCGAAACCGCGAGGUGUUGCAGUCACGCGGGAAAGGGCUCGGCGGAUCCAGUGCAGUAAACUUCCAGGCUUGGUCACUGGGCGCAAGAGAGGAGUUUGAUGCAUGGGCGGAGGAGGCAGGGGAUGAGGCUUGGGGGUUUGAGAGCAUUAUUCAGAGAAUCAAGCAGCUGGAAAACUUGCACCUCGAGGGAGUGACAGAGGAGUGGGACGAAUAUAUCAAACCAGGGCCUGAAAGCCACGGCUUUUCGGGGCCCAUUGAUGUCUCCAUCGGAUACGUGGAGCGUGAGACGAAGUCUUUCAUCGAUGCUGGUGAAGACUUGGGGCAUAGAAGGAACCUGGACGCAAAUAGUGGUGAUCUCAUUGGAUUCUCACUAAACCCAGUUACUAGUCUCAACAGCGUGCGAACCACGAGCGCUUCAGCAUUCCUCGAGAAAGAUGUACCGCCAAACUUACACAUCCUCACGGAAACCCGUAUCGUCAAGAUCCUGUUCGAGAACAAACAAGCCGUUGGCGUUUUGAAGGAAGACGGGACUGAAAUACGCGCGAAGAAGGAGGUCAUAGUUUCCGCCGGCGCCAUAGAUACCCCUCGCCUUUUGCUCCUUUCUGGCGUCGGGCCCAGGUCAGAACUGGAAGACCUCGGAAUCGAGGUAGUCAAGGACCUCGAAGGUGUUGGAAAAUCCUUUACAGACCACCCCAUGGUCGUCGUCUGCUUCCAGAUGAAGCCUGGAUUCACCGACAGAAUGCAGCUAGCUGAUCCCGAAAAGUACCAGGAGGCCGUCAAGCAGUUCACUGAGACCGGAACGGGACCUCUCCUACGACACUUUUCAUCUAUUCCCCAUGCUUUUCUCAAGAACGAUCGAGCUUACAAGACGCCUGAGUUUCAACAGCUGCCAGAAGAGACGAAGGAGUUCUUACUGAAACCUGGCGUUCCAAGUUAUGAGCUUGUAGUAAGUCACCCUACUAGGCAUGUGCCAAAUUAUGUUUAA